UUAAAAUUUUUGAGCAAGCAAGGAAGAUGGAUUUAAAAAUGCAAGAAUAUUUAAUACAAGCCAUUGCUGGUGGUGAAUUAUUUAAAAUAAAACAAAUUUUUGCUGAUGGAAAAAUAUCAGAUAUAAAUUCUUACCUUUCAAUGGGAUGGACUCCAUUAAUGCUAGCUUGUUAUUUUUUACAACUGGAUAUUGUUAUAUUUUUUGUUAAUAAUGGCUGUAACAUAGGGUUAACUUCAAGCUUGCCUAAAUUAAAUGAUAACAUCCCUUUGCAUUUAAAAUAUGUGAAUUUGUUGCCUUCCUCAUUGAUAUCAGGGCAAACUCCUUUGAUAUUAAGCUGUUUAAGUACCCAGCAGCAUAUGGAUGAUAAAAUUUUAAAUAUUAUUCAAACAUUAAUUCCAAUUAAAAAUCCUAAAUUCUUUCAAGAUUUAGAACCACUUAUUGAUAUAAAUGCUAAAGACAGUUCAGGAAAGACAGCUCUAAUGUAUUCAGCAAGGUUAGGCAGAACUUUAGUUGUCAAUUAUUUAAUUCAUUAUCAUGCAGCUAUAAAUCUUCAAGAUAAUGAAGGAAUGACUGCUUUGUGUCAUGCUGCUCAUAUGAGUUGUAUAACAGUUUUACGUUUAUUGGUGAUCAGUAAUGCAGACUUAGAUAUUAUAACAAAUGACAACAAAACAGCUCUUGAAAUUGCUUUUUUGAAACAAGAUACUGCGGCUAUUGAGGUUUUGGGUGGGAUUGGGAAAACUAUUAAUUAUCACAACAGUUAUAUAAGUCAUAUUGAGUCAAAAAUUGAUAUUGAACAAGAAAAUAAAAUUGAAUUUAAUUACCUAGAUAAUCAUAGUACAUGUAAUAAUCAAAAUGAUAUUGAAGAUAAAAAUGCUAGCCAAAUUAUAAAUUUAAAUGACCAAUCAACAUUCAUAAAGGAUAGUAAUGUGCUUAAUAAAAAGAAAAAUGAAAAUAAUGAAAUAAAUAACAAUUCUAAACGAUUUAAACUAUCUUAUGAAGAUGUUGACCAUUAUAAUUCAUAUUUUAUCAAGGAAGAUAAUUUGCCACAGAAUAUGGCCCAUUUAAGUCUUAUCAAUAAAAAUAUGCGUAAAUUGGAGCACACGAUAUCUCAAAUCAUUCGCCAAGUUGAAAUAGAUGACCCAAGGAUUUUAUUGCCACUUAAUAUUCACAAUAAGCUUGACCCAGAUGCUCCAAAAUUCAUCAAAGAUCAAAUUAACAACUCACUGAUUACGAUAAAGUCACUUGAAAAGCUUUUACUAUUCUUUAAAAGAAAGAUCGAGGACAGAGAACAUCUGUAUGACGAGUCACAACCUCCUGAAAACAUUUGCAAAUAAAUCUAAAGUCGAAAAAGCCCUUAAAUGGUAGGGUAUUAAGUGAUUAUGAAAGAAUAUAUGAAUUACGAUUUAUAUGACACUACUACAAUUGUAUUAUAUAAAUAAAUUAUAAAUGUGACAUCAAGGAUAUAAAAUGAUAAAUAAAACUAAUAUAAUAUUGAGCUUAUAAAA